GCCAUUCUUCCACUACACCCAUAAAGGGUUAUAAAACCAGUCCAGACUCGACUCUUGAAGAGCACCUCGUAUCUCAAACGCAUUGGUGAUUAAAUUACGAAAUCGUAUCUCGUUGAGUCCUGCCCGGCGAAGCGCGGUGUGGCGGGAUAACCGACUCUCUCGGCGUCCGUCCGUCGUCGUAAUCCCAGGUAGUUUGUCAUACCGGAUCGGUUCGUAUCAACAGCGGCAAAGAGCGCGCGAUCACGAGAUCGUUCGGAGCGGCUUAAAUUGAGUCUGUCCCCAUCCGCGAGAUCGGAAGUUUGAAUCAUUCGCGUUUCAGACUCUACCGUGUUCAGUUGUGUACUUCAAUUCUACUGUGUAGUUUUUUUUUAGUUGAUAGUCAAAGUGUUCAAACAAGAAACAUGAAGGUGCUAAUCGUUUUGGCGGUUGUUGGCUGUAUGGCUUCAGUACAUGCUGAACAAUCCAAGAAAGCAGUCGUUUUCCUGCAAGGUACUUCCAAUGUAUCCGGUAACGUGACACUAUCGCAGCCAUCAUGUACCGAGCCAGUUUUCAUUGAGGUGAACAUCAUCGGGCUGAGUCCCGGUAAGCAUGGAUUCCACAUUCACGAGAAGGGAGAUUUGAGCGAUGGAUGUACCAGCACCGGAGGCCACUACAAUCCGGAUAAGGUCACGCACGGUGGUCCUGCUGAUCAAGUUCGUCACGUUGGCGAUCUAGGAAACGUUGUUGCUGAUGAAAAUGGAGUGGUAAAGACCUCAUUCUCGGACACAGUCGUUUCACUGUUCGGAUCCUAUAGCGUUCUUGGUCGUGCCAUCGUCGUCCAUGCCGGAGUUGAUGAUUUCGGAAAGACCAACCACCCAGACUCGCUCAAGACUGGAAAUGCCGGAGGACGACUCGCAUGCGGAAUCAUCGGAAUCCUCUCACCAUUCGAUGAACCCGAACAGCCUUGCAGCAGUGGCCACUCCAUGAGGCCACUUCAAAUUGUGCUAGGACUGAUGAUGAGCACUUUAGUUGUUCGCGCCCUUGGAUACUAAUGUUUAUUACUGGAAAAUGUCCAAUCAAUCUUCCGUCACAUUGACACUGUCCAGCUGCUUUUGCAACCAUUAAGCAGAAUGACAGGUGGUUCGUUGAACUGUAUAAUUUCCGAAAAAGUUACCACCCACCGAGGAACGCAUCUUAGCAGAGCCGGUUGGAUACAACAUUCGCCUUAGGACACAAAUUCGGUCGAUGAAAUGAAAGCAUUAUAAGUGGUUUUUCGCGUGAAGAAAGCAUUCCUUUGUUUACUGUGGCGUGAUACUUAUGUUUAUAUAUUUCAUUAUACCUGA